CUCCAUUGACGAUCCACAUCCAUACUCCCAAGCCCUCAGCAAUCACAUCAAAAGCCCACUAGUCCCUCCGGCUCCAGCCAAGUCUCUGGUCGUGCCGCGCGCAGGCAAAAUCGUUGGUUGCGGUUAUUGCGGUUGCCAGGCGCAACACAACCAGAACGACAUCAUCAGACUCCACCAUAAACCCACUCAACCUUCACCAUACCCCCCAAAUUCAACGACUACACACCUCCACCCACUCUCGACGAGAAAACUAUCCUUACGGUCGUACCACACGUCACAGUCCACACGCACGAUGCCUCCCCGCCGUCGAGCCGCCGCCCACGGCGCCCAGGCCACCCUCUCCUUCGGCAACCAGUCCCGAGUCACCAAACCAUCCAGCACCCCGACUGCAAUCCACAAGGCCAAGAGCCUUGAUUCUCCCGUCGACGUUUCUCCGUCAGGAACUCCAGAGCCUCAGCAGGUUCUUGCCGAUGCGCACCCUUCGAAGCCUCAUGUCGCCGAGCUAGCGGUCCGACAGCAAGCAGCUGCAGAACUGAAGGAGCCCCUCUCUGCUGACGAUGAGCGGGCGUUGAAACUGACUCGAAAGGACUUACAGUCAUACUGGAAGCGGGAGGAGCAGAAGCGGAAGGCUCCACGGGUUCACCAGGCCGAUUUAGAUCUCGAGGAGAAGAUCCUUCGUCACUUUGAUCUGUCCAGCCAAUAUGGGCCGUGCAUUGGUAUCGCUCGAGUCAAGCGCUGGCGACGGGCGAAUAUGCUGAAACUGCAGCCUCCCAUCGAAGUGCUGGCGGUUCUUCUGCAAGAUGGGAAUGUGAAAGAGCGGGCGCAUAUGGACGAACUACUCUCCUAGUAGGUUCCACGAGAGGCGAUGAUAGAAAAGGCAGAGAGUCUGGUCUUCUGGAUCCACCGUUCACGGGUUGAACCCGCACUUGGGGGAGAUGAUUUACUUUCAAGCGGGCGUUUGGGACUGUAUAUUUAGCAAUGGGCAACGGGAUAUGAAUUCAAUGGUGUUUGAACAUUUUGC